AAACAAGCCCUCACUGCAAGAGGACUGUGAAGCACGGCAACUUGAGGCGUUUCCCAUUCCAAAUCAAGAACAGGCUCUGGAGCUGAAACAAGACCCAGGCUCCAAUAAAGUGGAUUAUUUCCAAGCAUUUGAGAAGCUUCAGACAGCUGCAGCUAGGAUGAGAAGUCUCACAGUCCAGGGUGAAAGAAGAACAGGGACAAAAUCAAAACUGCUUCUUACCUAGAACUGAGCCGUAUGCUCUUUUCCGAUGAGCCUAAAGGAUAUAAACAAUAUUGCCGAGGUCUCUUGGAAGAACUGCCCAGAUGACACAAUGCUUGAAGAAAACCUAGUUUCAAGGCUUUUUAGCAGACCCAAGUGCACAGAAGAUUUUGCAGAAACUAACGAGGGCACAUCAAAUAUUUCGGGGCUUCGAGACAGCUUGGACCAAGUCCAAAUGAGCAACUGUAGCGAAUAUCCCCACUCGAGCAAUGGCAGCUCAACAAGUCAGAGUUCCUGGCAGGACCACUUUGUCAGUCUAAAGCAGCAGAUGGCCAGGCAGAAGGCAGAGUACGAGACUAAGAUUUCAAGGUAAGAGCUCCGUCCCUGAAAUUUCUAAUGCAUUUCCUUUGGGUUUCUCAGGGGUUCCUACAAUGAAAAGGCAAGGAGCUGUGUUGGUUUCUAGAUACUGGCAACACCUAUUGGUUUUUGCCAGAAUAAGUUGGAAUAAUUUACAUACAGAAUGUACUAAAAAUAAAAAAUAAUCACAUGCCUCAAACUUUGAACUGGUGCUGUAGUUUUAGCUGUGACCUUUAAAGGGGUAAUGAACAUAACUGUGCUUUGCCAGAACAGUAUUUUCUUCCAGAAAGGCCAACAGAAAAAUAUGACUGUAUGACUGGCAUGUAUUGGGUGGCUGUCUGUGGGUGGCUGUCUGAAUGCACGUUUGUUGGGUGGUGGUGGUUUUCAAUAGCAAAAAGAUAAGAGUGUGUACUUUUCACCCUCCCUCUUUAUCUACCACAAUCUUACUGCAUCUUGCAAUGAGACUUGAGCUCCUGGGGAUAAUAUCCCUUCCCCCUGCCCUCCACUGGCCCCCUGUAGUCAGUGUGGUUCUGUAAGUGAUGAAUGCGUGAAGAUUGAAAUUCCAAACAGCAACAGGCAUACUAGAUAGAGAGAUUGAUCUGGUCAUAGAUGUGAUGGUUUUAAUAAUUUUGUAUCAGGGCAUGUGAGAAGAGCAACAGUAUCCUUCUUUGAAUUGUGUCUUAUUUAUAGGGCCAAGGGUGAAGCGCUUGAAAAUUGCUAUGCUUUAAAAAUCACUAUGUCAAAAGACAGCCAGGAGAAAGGUGGGCUGCAAAAUGCUAAACUACAGUGUCUGUGUUUAUGCCAACAGCCUGGAGCAACGGAACAAAGAACUGCAGUUAGAGAUUAAAGAUCUGCAUUUGAAACUGGGUCAGCAACGGAAGUGGCAUUGCUUGGUGGAAAUUAAAAUGCGCAACACAGAGAGGGCACACAAAGAUGCGGAGAGAAGGAAUGAAGCACUUCAGAGGGAAAUGGAAGAGUUUUUUGAUACUUUUGGAGAAUUAACACACGAAGGAAAGAUAACAGAGCAAAUUGGCCAGAGCUUAUAGGGAGUGACUGGCCUUGAUUCUGGCUCCCCUGCUGCCACCACUCCCAUUUUCUUACUACAUCCAAAUGUAAAAGUUGGAAAUCCUGGACUUUUCAGAGCAAUAUAACAUACUAUGAUUAUAUAGGAUUCUUCUUGCUUAUAAUUUAAAAUAUUUCUAUAUGUUGUAAAGUAUGUUGUGCAAUGCUUAAUUCAAACAGUUAAUGCAGAAUUCAGGGUUACACACUAUGAUACCAUUGACCAUGGCAGGCUGCUGGAUUGGCUCUGUGGCAUGAAUCUGGGGUGGGGGCAGCACUGGUUCUAGUUGCAACAUUGUGUCCAGAAAGUAGCACUGAGAAAAUGUUCCUCGGGCCCACGGCAGUUACGUUACGGGAUCCCACAAGGCACUCUUUUAUCCCCAAUGCUAUUCAGCACUAAAUGAAGCCAAUGAGAGCAGUCAUUUGGAGUUUUGGAACAAGGUGCCGUUCAUAUGCUGAUGAUACUCAGCUCGGUUUUUCCAUUGCAUGUGAUUUAGGAGCAGCAGUGAAAGACUGGGACUAGUGCCUGGAUGCAGUGAUGGGCUGAGUCUGAACUAUGGGAAGACAGAGGACUUAUGGGUAGGUAGUUCUUUGAUCUGGGAUGCAGGCCCAAUUACCUGCCCUGGAUGGGGUUGCACUCCCUCUGAAGGAGCAGGUACUGUACAUAGUUUGAGUAUGCUGCUUGAACCACCAUUGUCACUUAAAUCUCAGGUGGCCUUUGUGGCUAUUAGUGCUUUUUAUCAGCUUCAGCUGAUAUGUCACCUACAGCCAUUCCUGGAUAGGGGUAAUGUGAACGCUGUAGUUCAUGCUUUGGUAACAAUCAAGCCCUGAUUACUAAGAGACCUGCACUGACUUUCCAUUUUCAGGUUCACAGCUCUUGUACUCGUGUACAAAGCCCUGAAUAACUGAGGCCCACGAUACCUUAGGGAUCUCCUUACCCUAAGCAUCCCAAGUUAACCACUGAGGUCAUCCAGGAGAGCAUGACUAUGGGCCAGAAGCAUGACUCAUGUCAAAGAGGAGUUACGCUUUCAAGGGUCCAACUCUAUGGCACUCCUUCCCCCAGGAAGUUAAGACAGGCACCAGCCCUACUGAGUUUCAGAUGCAUGAAAGUUUUUGAACCCUGAAUGCUUCUUAAUAUAACUUUCUACUUUUAAUUAAAAAACAAUCCUUUGAGAGUUUAAAUUCUGGAGAUUUUAAAUUUUGGAGGUCUUUUUUUUUCUUUCCAGGGGACAAUCCCAUAACAUGGGGUAUAGUCUGCUAUCUGUAUUACUGCAAUGAUGGGCAACAUGGAUAAAGAGAAUGAAGACCCAUUCACCAAA